GACAUGCUGUGGAGCGACCCCAUGCCUAAGAGCGUCAGUGUCCCCAACGAGGUGCUGCUACUGGGCCCCCAGACGUGACAGAAGAGGUCCUGGAACGACACAGCCUCACCGCUGCUCAUUGGACGCCACAAGCAGGAGGGCUAUGAGUUCAGCCACAACCACAGGGGUGCCAUCCAGUACUAGGCAAAGGAAACAGAGAUCACACCAGCCAUCCAGUACUAGGCAAAGGAAACAGAGGUCACACCAGCCAUCCAUAGAGAUUAAACAGAGGUCACACCAGCCAUCCAUAGAGAUUAAACAUAGGUCACACCAGCCAUCCAUAGAGAUGAAACAGAGGUCACACCAGCCAUCCAUAGAGAUGAAACAGAGGUCACAACAACCAUCCAGUACUAGGCAAAGGAAACAGAGAUCACACCAGCCAUCCAGUACUAGGCAAAGGAAACAGAGGUCACACCAGCCAUCCAUAGAGAUUAAACAGAGGUCACACCAGCCAUUCAUAGAGAUGAAACAGAGGUCACACCAGCCAUUCAUAGAGAUGAAACAGAGGUCACACCAGCCAUUCAUAGAGAUGAAACAGAUGUCACACCAGCCAUUCAUAGAGAUGAAACAGAGGUCACACCAGCCAUUCAUAGAGAUGAAACAGAUGUCACACCAGCCAUCCAUAGAGAUGAAACAGAGGUCACACCAGCCAUUCAUAGAGAUGAAACAGAUGUCACACCAGCCAUCCAUUGAGAUGAAACAGAGGUCACACCAGCCAUUCAUAGAGAUGAAACAGAUGUCACACCAGCCAUCCAUAGAGAUGAAACAGAGGUCACACCAGCCAUUCAUAGAGAUGAAACAGAUGUCACACCAGCCAUCCAUAGAGAUGAAACAGAGGUCACACCAGCCAUCCAUAGAGAUGAAACAGAGAUCACACCAGCCAUCCAGUACUAGGCAAAGGAAACAGAGGUCACACCAGCCAUCCAGUACUAGGCAAAGGAAACAGAGGUCACACCAGCCAUCCAUAGAGAUUAAACAGAGGUCACACCAGCCAUUCAUAGAGAUGAAACAGAGGUCACACCAGCCAUUCAUAGAGAUGAAACAGAGGUCACACCAUCCAUUCAAAGAGAUGAAACAGAUGUCACACCAGCCAUCCAUAGAGAUGAAACAGAGGUCACACCAGCCAUUCAUAGAGAUGAAACAGAUGUCACACCAGCCAUCCAUUGAGAUGAAACAGAGGUCACACCAGCCAUUCAUAGAGAUGAAACAGAUGUCACACCAGCCAUCCAUAGAGAUGAAACAGAGGUCACACCAGCCAUUCAUAGAGAUGAAACAGAUGUCACACCAGCCAUCCAUAGAGAUGAAACAGAGGUCACACCAGCCAUUCAUAGAGAUGAAACAGAUGUCACACCAGCCAUCCAUAGAGAUAUGACUCUGGGAAACCCAACUGCUCAACACUGGUAACAUUGUGUCAUCUGUUUGGAAGGGAUUUAUGAAAAGCUCUCACAUACUAUGCGGCCUGCUGAAAUGAUCAGUAGUCCUACUGUUUGUGUGAUAUGUUCGAUAACCGAUACCUCACACAUAAGCUACUUCCACCAAAACCCCUGCAGUGAAUCCCCUGAAUACCUCCCACAGACACGUUAUCUCUGUGUGUGAUGUGGUUAAUGCCCUAUGAUGUGUUAAUGCCCUUGUGUUUUCAGUGUUGGGUGGACUGAGCGUUCAGCUCUAAGGGCUGUGAUGUGGUUAAUACCUUGUGUUUUCAGUGUUGGGCGGACUGAGCGUUCAGCUCUAAGGGCUGUGAUGUGGUUAAUACCUUGUGUUUUCAGUGUUGGGCGGACUGAGCGUUCAGCUCUAAGGGCUGUGAUGUGGUUAAUACCUUGUGUUUUCAGUGUUGGGCGGACUGAUCGUUCAGCUCUAAGGGCUUUGAGGGAGCAGCUGUUUGAACACCUCAUUCAGGAGUACAACCCGGAGAAUGCUUGUAAUGAACCACACACUCACUGUUUCACUCAUAUCACAACUACCAGUAACCUCUGUUCCUUCUCAGUACUUUAGAAACAUUAUGUCAUGUUGACUAUUCAUCACCAUCUAGUGGCUAUAAUGGCAACUGUAAAGUAGUAUCUAGCAGCCUCUUAAAAUCGUAAAGGUUCCCAAUGGACACUGAAUGGUGUGUCA